CAACAAGUAUUAACUAUCAUUAAUAUGUAGGAUAUGAUAAUUAUGAUCCUUAAAAAAGCUGAUGCUACCUGUAAAAAGCUCCUCAUGUGUCCCCCUGCCAACAAGUUCCAACAUCAUUAAUCAUCAUCAUCAACCCAACCUCCUCCGACCAACCGGUAACCGGUAAACGCCGGUCAACUCUCUCCGCUUUAACUACACUACGACCCCCCGGUCACUGUGAUUUUUUGUUUGUUCACACUCUCUUAAACAAUGCAUGCCCUCACCAACUCCGGCGCCGUACUUCUCGCCGUUUUACUCUUCUUCCUCCUCAUCCUUGUCGCCGAACUCUCUUACAUCUUUUGUCGCCGCACUAGAUCUUUACCGUCUCCGGCAAGUCAAGAGAUGGAGGAGCACGCUGUUGCUGCUGCGGCGGCGCCGGAGGAGGAUGUGACGGCUGCGGACAAGUGGCGAGUGUCGAGGCUUUUGUUCACAAUCGAGGAAGAGGAUUUGGAUCAAUUGGAAGAUGAUAAUGAUGAUGUGGCCUCUGUGGAAGUAGAUACUGAUGGCGAACUCCGAGUUGACGUUCCAAUGGAAUAUUCCGGCGAUCCAACACCGUUCUUGACGCCGUGCGACUCUCCUACGUACUUCACUCCUUCGCCAUCUCCUGGUCGGGAUGAGGAUGACGUCAUUGAUGUUUAUGACAUCAGCAGCAGAAGUACUAGCUGUUGUUUCAAUUUCCAAGGCUCUCAGAUGUGUUAAUUUUGUUUUAUUUUGCUUAAUUACUUCCAACGGUUUUUACAGAUUAGGUGGAACAGUUCCGUAAUUAUUUUUA